AUGGCCGACCCCCAGCAAUUUCCUCACCCCGGCAGGAAUCGUGGUUUCAGUAUCAAAUCUGAAAAAUCAAGACGUUCAGACACCUCUGGUCACAAAAGUCAGCUCUCCGAGUCAUCGCAGGAUAAGGCAAGGCGCAAUCUACACACAAAAGCAGACCCGCUCGUCGCCAUGAACGAACUACAACCCAUGGCCGUCGCCUUGGAAAAGUCCAAUCUGGGUUCCUUGAGAGAAAUGCAGCAUAAGGAUCAAUUCGGAAAUAUUAUCACUGAUCCCGACUGGUCAAACCCCACACGACCGCGCUUCGAACGUCCUCUGGAUACAAUUCGAUCCUUUGAAAACGCCAUCUACGGCACAUACAGUGCGACCCGCCGGGCAUCUUAUGCCCGAACUGAUGACGCUGCCUCACAAAUGGGCGAUUAUAGCAGACGAACAAGCUAUUACGGUCCCAAUAACGGACAACAGGUCAACCGAGGCCAAUUCACCGACCAUUACGGUCGCAGCAACCCUUCGCGACCUGACAGUUUCGUCGACGGGUAUGCGGGCGGCCAAGAGAACCAGGCCCGCCGACCACGUCCCCAGCGUAGACCGGUCGAGCAGAGUCCGUACGGCCAUCAACAGCGAUCGCAGGAUAAUGUCGCCGCUUUGAACGGCGCUUCAGGCUCCAACAAUCCCUAUGAUAGCUCUAUGGACAAGUUGCAGCAACACGCCAUGCAGCAGAGUCGCAUGGAUGAGCACAACCAGACUGAAUAUGGAGUCAACGAUUUCAGCGCCGGCCCCAACAUGAGCGAGGGAAUUCGUUCACCGGCGCCAAGUGGACCGCCUAAAUUCGGCGCCCCGGCUACAAACAACCUGCUCAAAAAGGGCGGGGGUAAAGAAGACAAGAAGAGCAAGAGCUGGCUGAAGCGCCGGUUCAGCAAGAACUAG